AGGCCGUUUGCAUACGCAAAUAUUUUUCCAGUCCUACUGUUUCACACGAACCAAUCCCACAAAGGAAACAGAGACUCUACAUCUAGAGGAGAGAGGGAAAAAAAAUCAACAUUAAAAAUCAAAACAUUGAGAUCUAACGUGAGAAUAAAGGGCAAAAUCUCAACUUUUUAUAGAGGGAUUAAAAUACGAUCUCCCCAUGAAGGGCACAACCAGAUCCCCCAUUCUAGUCUCGCAGGAAACUAGACGACACGAAGGUAGAUCGUGUUGAAGACCUCCCAAGACAAUCCCCCUUAGGUUCGUAGAUCCUUCCAAAAUCAUCCAUCCCCUGGUCUAGUGACUAAACCCUUGAAGACCCUGUUAGAGGAUGCCCUAAUGUCCAAAACAAAGGAUCCAUGGCGUUGAGGUGACCCGCCCUAGUCCUACAGAGCAGCCGUGAGAGUCACUUUCCAUUUCUAUACCAUUGUUUUGAAAUAUAAUUGAUUGCAUCAUCACCAAUACAAUUCAGAUCAGGUUGCGGCCACCUUCGAGAUUGAGUUUCUCGGCAGGAUAUAGAAAUGUCGUCAGAGGACGAGAAGUUGCUCAAGGAGGCGAAGAAACUGCCAUGGGAGGAGCGGCUGACCCACAAGAAUUGGAAGGUGAGGAACGAUGCCAAUGUGGACCUCGCUGCUCUCUGUGACUCCAUCUCCGAUCCUAAGGAUCCACGGCUCCGGGAUUUCGGCCAUCUUUUCAAGAAAACAGUGGCUGAUUCUAAUGCUCCUGUUCAAGAGAAGGCUCUGGAUGCCUUGAUUGCCUUUUUACGUGCCGCUGAUGCUGAUGCGGCAAGGUAUGCAAAAGAAGUUUGUGAUGCAAUCGUUGCCAAGUGCCUCACGGGUCGUCCCAAAACAGUUGAGAAGGCUCAAACAGUAUUUCUUCUUUGGGUGGAGCUGGAAGCUGCUGAAAUUUUCUUGGAUGCCAUGGAGAAAGCGAUUAAGAAUAAGGUUGCAAAGGCUGUGGUGCCGGCAAUCGAUGUUAUGUUUCAAUCUCUCAGUGAGUUUGGCUCAAAGGUUGUCUCGCCUAAAAAGAUUCUGAGAAUGCUUCCUGAACUCUUUGACCACCAAGACCAAAAUGUUCGGGCCUCAUCGAAAGGGCUGACACUUGAACUGUGCCGCUGGAUUGGGAAGGACACAGUGAAGUCAAUUCUGUUUGAGAAGAUGAGAGAUACAAUGAAAAAAGAACUUGAAGCAGAGCUUGUCAAUGUCUCUGGAGUCCCUAGGCCUUCUCGCAAAAUCAGGUCUGAACAAGAUAAGGAGCUUGAGCAGGAAGCCAUGGCUGAAGUUGCUGGCCUUGGUCCUUCAGAGGAGUCUCCAGUUGCAAUUCCUCAAGAGAUAGAUGAGUACGAGCUUGUUGACCCUGUUGAUAUUUUGACUCCAUUAGAGAAGGCAGGAUUUUGGGAAGGAGUGAAAGCUACAAAAUGGUCGGAAAGGAGGGAUGCGGUUGCAGAGCUUACAAAGCUUUCUUCAACAAAGAGAAUUGCACCUGGUGAUUUUUCAGAAAUAUGUAGGACACUUAAGAAGCUUAUUACAGAUGUGAACAUAGCAGUUGCUUCUGAAGCAAUCCUGGCGAUUGGGAAUUUGGCACGGGGUUUAAGAAAGGAUUUUUCUGGGAGCUCACGUAUGCUUUUACCUAUUUUACUUGAAAAAUUGAAGGAAAAGAAACCGGUAGUCAUAGAUGCUCUUGCUCAAACACUUCAAGCAAUGCAUAAAGCUGGCUGUUUGAGUCUUCUUGAUGUUAUUGAAGAUGUGAAAGCAGCAGUGAAAAAUAAAGUUCCUCUUGUGCGCUCAUUAACUUUGAACUGGGUAACAUUUUGUAUUGACACAAGUAACAAAGCAGUGGUUCUUAAGUUGCAUAAGGAUUAUGUCCCCAUUUGUAUGGAGUGCUUAAAUGAUGGAACUCCAGAAGUUAGAGAUGCUGCAUUUGCUGCUUUAGCAGCAAUAGCUAAGAUGGUUGGUAUGAGACCUCUGGAGAGGUCAUUGGAGAAACUGGAUGAGGUGAGGAAAAAGAAGCUCUCAGAAAUGAUAGGGAAUGUUGGAGGCAGUCAGCCUCCUAGCACAGGAUCUGCUUCAGUUUCAAGUGGGGGUGGCUUAAGUUCAUCUGUUCCAGAGAUAACUGAUAACUUUGUGAAAAAAUCGGCAGCAAGCAUGUUGAGUGGAAAGAAGGUGGUUCAGCCCGUUACCAAAAAAGGUGUGUCAACUAAAUCUGGCACUGUGAAGAAGAGUGCUCUUACUGCGCCCCAAAAGGCAUCUGCAUUGGUGGAAGUUGAAGAUGUUGAACCUGCAGAUAUGAGUUUGGAGGAAAUUGAAGGAAGAUUGGGAUCUAUUCUACAAACAGAUACAAUAUCACAAUUAAAAAGUGGUGUCUGGAAGGACAGACUUGGAGCAAUGAUCUUGUUGAAACAAGAGAUAGAAGGUCUUGGUAAUCUUGAUCAGGUUGCAGAAAUCUUGAUUCGUUUACUAUGUCAUGUUCCUGGUUGGGGUGAGAAAAACGUCCAGGUUCAGCAGCAGCUUAUUGAAGUCAUAACUCUUAUUGCUUCUACGGUCACCAAACUCCCGAAGCGAUGCAUAGUACUAUGCAUUUUAGGGAUAAGUGAAAGAGUAGCAGAUAUUAAAACACGUGCCCCUGCAAUGAAGUGUCUUACUGCUUUCUCUGAGGCAGUGGGCCCUGGAUUUGUUUUUGAGAGACUCUUUAAAAUCAUGAAAGAGCACAAGAACCCUAAGGUUCUUAGUGAGGGAAUUUUAUGGAUGGUUAGCGCUGUUGAAGACUUUGGCAUUUCACAUUUAAAGUUGAAGGAUUUGAUUGAUUUCUGUAAGGACAUAGGAUUACAGUCUAGUGCUGCUGCUGCUAGGAAUUCAACUAUCAAGCUUAUUGGAGUUUUACAUAAGUUUGUCGGUCCAGACGUUAAAGGCUUCCUUUCUGAUGUGAAGCCUGCACUUCUUAGCGCACUUGAUGUUGAGUAUGACAAAAAUCCUUUUGAGGGAGAUGCUGCAGUGCCAAAGAAGGCCGUGAGGGCUUCAGAUUCAUCAGUUAUUUCUGCCAUUGGGUCGGAUGGGCUGCCACGGGAAGAUAUUAGUGGGAAGAUUACGCCUUGUGUUUUAAAGAACCUCAGUAGCCCUGACUGGAAGGUCCGUUCAGAAACAAUUGAAUCAAUCAAUAAAAUUUUGGAAGAAGCCAAUCGACGCAUUCAGCCAACUGGCACUGCUGAGUUAUUCGGAGCUCUUAGAGGCCGUUUGUAUGAUACCAACAAGAACUUGGUGAUUCUGACACUUGGUACUAUUGGCAAUAUUGCUUCUGCAAUGGGAUCUGCAGUUGAUAAAGCCAGCAAGGGUAUCCUUUCAGAUGUUUUUAAAUGCCUUGGUGACAAUAAAAAGAACAUGAGAGAAAGCACUAUCAAAGCAUUGGAUGCUUGGGUUAUGGCUGUCCAUCUCGAUAAGAUGGUUCCGUACAUAUCUACUGCUCUGGCUGAUACGAAACUCGGUGCUGAGGGGAGGAAGGACCUUCUUGAUUGGCUAUCAAAGCAGCUAACCAGGCUAUCUGACUCAUCUGAAGUUUGGCACCUUUUGAAGUCUGCUUCUUCUGCGAUGAUGGACAAAUCUGCCGAUGUUCGGAAAGCUGCGGAAGCUUCGAUUGUUGAAAUAGUCAGAGUUUGUGGACAGGAGCUGGUGAUUAAGGCAUUGAAGGACAUAACUGGACCAGCUUCAAACAUCAUUCUUGAAAGGCUAAGGCCUGGUGUACUUGAAGAAUCAUCUGACUCUGCUAAAAUGAUUUCCCACGGCCCGGGGCCUAAAAUAAAUUCAAAGAUUGGCAAAGUUGCUUUAAAUGGAUGCAAUGAUCGUGCACCAAAGCAUGGAGGCAAAGUUGUGACCUUGAGAGGUAAUCAAACAAAGGUGUCCAGGCAGGAUGCUAUGGUGGCUGCCCAAGAUUUUACCAUCCAGGGGAUGGCUUUAUUUAACCUGAAGGACUCGAGCAAGGAAGACAGAGAGAGAUUGAUCAUACGUAAACAUAAAUUUGAGGAACCACGGUUGGAACAAAUUCAGGACUUGGAGAAUGAUAUAGUUAAGUAUUUCAGAGAAGACUUGCACAAACAACUUCUGAGCACAGACUUCAAGAAGCAAGUGGAUGGUCUAGAGUUAUUGCAGAAGGUUGUCCCAGCUAGUGGAAAGGAGAUAAUCGAAAUUGUGGAUAUUCUUUUAAGAUGGACUGCUCUGCGUUUUUGCGAGUCAAACACAACAUGCUUAUUAAAGGUGCUGGAGUUUCUUCCUGAGCUUUUUGACACUUUGAAGAAUGAGGGCUAUAGUCUGACUGAAGCUGAAGCUGCCAUGUUCCUCCCAUGCCUAAUAGAAAAGUCGGGGCAUAACAUUGAAAAAGUACGUGAAAAAAUGCGUGCUCUGACGAAGCAAAUUGCAUGCAUUUAUUCACCUACCAAGCUUUUUCUCUAUAUUUUGGAGGGAUUGCGUUCAAAAAAUAAUCGCACUCGAAUAGAAUGUGUGGAUCUUAUCGGAUUCUUGAUGGAUAAUCAUGGAGCAGAGAUAAGUGGACAAUUAAAGGCCUUGCAACUUGUCGCUGGGUUGACUUCUGAGCGAGAUGGUGAAAUCAGAAAGGCUGCACUAAAUACUUUGGCAACUGCCUACAAGAAUCUUGGUGAGGAUGUUUGGAGAUAUGUUGGAAAGUUAUCUGACGCUCAAAAGGGCAUGCUUGAUGAUAGAUUUAAGUGGAAGGCUCGUGAGAUGGACAAAAGGAAGGAGGGAAAACCUGGGGAAGCUCGUGCAACAUUAAGACGUUCUGUGAGGGACAAUGGGUUAGAUGUUGCAGAGCAAAGUGGAGAGGUUAUCCCCCGGCCAGUAUCUGCACCUAUAUUGAUGAGGGCAAGCAAUGGACAUUUUGAGGAUCCUGUGGACAGGCAACCCUUACCUGGUAUGCAUACAGCAUCAAGCGGACCAGCUGACUGGAAUGAAGCGUUGAAUAUCAUAUUGAUGGGUGCUCCUGAGCAGGCAGUUGAAGGUAUGAAAGUCAUCUGUCAUGAGCUAACACAAGCCACAAACGAUUCAGAAAGUAUUGCGAUGGAGGAUCUAGUCAAGGAUGCAGAUAGACUUGUCUCAUGCCUUGCAACAAAGGUACCCAAGACUUUUGACUUCAGUCUUGCUGGCGCCUCUUCAAGGUCAUGUAAAUAUGUCCUGAACACCCUUAUGCAGACAUUUCAAAUUAAAAGGCUAGCUCAUGCUGUAAAGGAAAGUACCCUCAACAUCCUUAUUACCGAGCUUCUUUUAUGGCUUUUGGAUGAAAGAGUUCCUUUAAUGGAUGAUGGAAGCCAACUUUUGAAGGCUUUAAAUGUUUUGAUGCUAAAGAUUCUGGAUAAUGCGGAGCGCACUUCCUCCUUUGUUGUACUGAUCAACCUCUUGCGGCCUUUAGAUCCCUCUAGAUGGCCAUUGCUUGCAUCUGGUGAGACCUUUUCAGCCAGGAGUCAAAAGUUCUCUGAUCUUGUUGUCAAGUGUCUCAUAAAAUUGACAAAGGUUCUCCAGAGUACAAUAUUUGAGGUGGAUCUUGAUCGUAUUCUUCAAAGCAUACAUCUCUAUUUGCAAGAACUAGGAAUGGAGGAAAUACGAAAAAGAGCUGGGGCUGAUGACAAGCCACUGCGCAUGGUUAAAACUGUUCUACAUGAGCUCGUUAAGCUUCGGGGAACUGCAAUAAAGGGUCACCUUUCCAUGGUUCCUAUAGACAUGGAACCUCAACCAAUUAUACUUGCAUACAUCGACCUUAAUCUCCAGACUCUUGCAGCGGCUAGAAUGCUGACUCCGUCAGGACCUAUUGGCCAAACACACUGGGGUGACUCUGUUUCCAAUGGGCCAUCACCUGCUACACAUUCAGCAGAUGCACAAUUGAAGCAAGAGCUUGCCGCAGUCUUCAAGAAAAUUGGUGACAAGCAGACAUGCACAAUUGGUUUGUAUGAGCUUUACCGGAUCACACAGUUGUACCCCAAGGUUGAUAUAUUUGCGCAGCUACAGAAUGCGAGUGAGGCCUUCCGCACUUAUAUAAGAGAUGGAUUAGCACAGAUGGAGAGAAAUACAGCAGCUGGAAGGACACCUUCGAGUGUGCCAAUGUCGACUCCUCCUCCUGUAGCCAUGAAUCUCUCCUCUCCAAAGCUUGCACCUAUGUCCCCUGUCCAUACGAAGCAGCAGCACAAUGUGAUUAAGCAUCAUGAACUCACAAACAACUCCUUGGGUGUUGAACUUGAUGAUGCUGCUACCAUGCCCAGUGGUGAUGUCUCACCAAAAAGGCUGAUGAACGCAUUCCCCGAAUUGAGGAAGCAGCUUCCCAUUCCCAGAGAGGACCAUGACGAGAAAUAUGCAUUUGCAGCUGCACCCAUUAGUGGGACAUUGGAUGCCAUCCGAGAGAGAAUGAAGAGCAUGCAGGCAGCUGCAGCUGCCGGGAAUACAGAGGGGGGUGGGGGUGGUAAUGUGGAAGUUACGAUGAUGCCACCUAAUGUUCUUCCUAUGGAUGAGAAGGCAUUGUCGGGCCUCCAGGCUCGCAUGGAAAGGCUAAAAAGCGGUGCUGUGGAGCCCAUGUAGGAGGGAGUGUGCAUCUUCCCAGUUUCAAUUUCAAGGAGUUCUGCGCUUAGAGAGAGAGAGAGAGAGAGAGAGAGAGAGAGAGAGAUGAAGCACAAUGAUUUGGAUGGAAUUAAAGGAAAGCCCUCUAUACAUUUGCUAGAGGAAGAGCCAGGGAUUGUGGAUAUAACAUGCUUGGUGAGCGAGUUGUAUAUUUUUCCUGCCACUUAACCCAGCUUUUUCGAUCCCGUUCAAUUCGAAUUGGUGAUGUCCUGUAUGGUGCAUAUAUAGUUUUGAUUUCUUUGUAGCGAGAAGGCUGAACUCUCGCGAUAUGUUGUUUGAAUGGUGAAUUCAUGAUGCAUAUAAUUCUUUCUUUUCUCAAUAGAUCUUUGUCAUUAUGUAUGUAA